GAGAGAGAGAGAGAAAGAGAAAGAGAGAGAGAGAGAGAGAGAGAGGAUGUCGGAAUCAGCUCCAUCUCCUGCGACUCCAAGUUCUGAUUUGACGUCUCCUCCACCUGUCGCUUCUCCGCCGACUCUGCCUUCCCCGGCGGCGGCAUCUCCGCCACCGUCAACCUCCCAAUCGCCAUCUCCACCAUCUCCGACGCAACCUCCUCCGGUCGCCCCAGCGCCACUUCCCGCUGAGAAAUCAACCCCGCCUCCACCAACACCGACCCCACCUUCCACCUCCAAUGAAUCGUUCACCCCUCCGCCAGCCGUCUCCUCCUCCCCUCCUCCUCCUCCCCCUCCCAAAACCGUCUCCCCCGUUCCUACUCCACCACCUUAUGACUCAGCAUCCCCUCCUCCGCCUCCUCUGCCAGCAUCAUCGCCUCCACCUACCCCGGCAUCGGAUUCCAAAUUCCCCCCUCCGCCGCCAGACGCCCCUGUCGUCGUGACAGCUCCUCCUACACCAAUCUCUACUCCAUCACCCCCUUCCCCACCCACGCAGACAACUCCACCAGGCUCUGCUCUAUCUCCUCCAUCCACUUCCACCCCUGCACCUUCAACCACCGCCGCUCCUCCUCCUGCGACAGCUACCCAAAUAAACACCCCUCCUCCUCCAGCAUAUACUAGUUUGCGGCCGUCCUCCACAUCUUCUACCAAAAACUCAACUGCCUCACCAUCGACCACACCAUCAGCCCACUCCAACGACAAUUCCGUGGCCAAAACCCUCGUCGGAAUAGCUGUUGCCGGGGCGUUGGUCGCGCUGGCGGUCAUCUUCUUUGUGGCCUUGAGGAAGAAGAAGAGAAGCACGAAGGGUUCCCGAGGACAAUACCGGCAUCCACCUGGUCAAAUCGCAUUUCCAAAUACCAAGACAGAGAGCCUGUAUGGCAGCAACGGCGGGCAGUUCACGUACGACGAGCUGAUGGGCAUAACCAGUGGGUUCUCUCGCGACAAUCACAUCGGCGAGGGCGGGUUCGGACCUGUGUACAAGGGCACGCUGCCGGACGGGAGGCAAGUCGCGGUGAAGCAGCUCAAGAUCGGGAGUGGACAAGGAGAAAGGGAGUUCAGAGCCGAAGUGGAGAUCAUCAGCCGCAUUCACCAUCGCCAUCUGGUUUCCCUGGUGGGCUACUGCAUCGUGGAGCACCACCGGUUGCUCGUCUACGAGUUCGUCUCCAACAAAACACUGGAGCACCAUUUGCAUGGGGAAGGGCUUCCUGUUCUCGACUGGGCAAAGAGAACGAGGAUUGCCAUAGGCUCAGCUCGUGGACUGGCAUAUCUGCAUGAAGACUGCCAUCCUCGGAUCAUCCACAGGGACAUCAAGUCAGCCAACAUCCUUUUGGAUGAAUCUUUCGAAGCACAGGUUGCGGACUUUGGGCUGGCAAAACUAUCAAAUGAUGCCCACACUCAUGUGUCAACUAGAGUCAUGGGAACCUUUGGGUACUUGGCACCAGAAUAUGCAUCAAGUGGAAAAUUGACAGAUAGAUCUGAUGUGUAUUCCUUUGGAGUUGUGCUACUAGAACUCAUAACUGGGAGAAAGCCUGUGGAUCCAUCUCAGCCUUUAGGGGAUGAGAGUUUAGUCGAAUGGGCUCGACCGCUAUUGGUUCAUGCUCUCGAAACAGGUGAAUACGAAGAACUGGUAGACCCCAAGCUCGAAAACAAUUUCGCCAAGAGUGACAUGUUACAGAUGAUUGAAGCUGCUGCUGCUUGUGUUCGUCAUUCUGCUCCCAAGCGACCAAGAAUGGUGCAGGUGUUGAGAGCUUUGGAUGGCGGGGGAAGCUUACCUGACCUAUCCAAUGGUGUCAAAUUUGGACAGAGCACUGUGUAUGACUCUGGGAAGUACUCGGCUGACAUCGAAAAGCUGCAAAAGAUAGCGUUCGGGAGCAAUACCUUCAGCAUCGACUAUGAUCAUUCCACAGAACACGAACACGAUGAACAGCAGAGCGUGACGCAGACGCAGACGCAGAGCAGCAACGGAGUCUAGAGCUUGGCGGACUCUGAAGUGAAUCCUUGAGAUAUCUGAGGAAUGUAUACCAGCAAACUGGUUCUGAGCAAAGAAGAGAUGUGAUGCAUGUGUUUUACCACCAUGGAGUAGCUGGGAAGAAAGAGUUGAGCCCUUGAUGUUCCUCAGCAAGAAAGAAAUGCCUCGAGUAGGAUUAUAGUGCAGAGAACCCUGUGAUCGGACCACAUUCUUCUCGUCUGAGUUGCUGCCGAUUCUUGAAUCCUAUAAAACUAAACAAGUCAUAGCAUUUCCAAUGUUCUACAUAUACUAUAUAUAAAAGAAAAGGCAGGAUGACAAUUUCCACAUUGUUUUGUUAAAGAACAGCUUCUCAAGAAUUUUCAAGUCUUAGUAGCUUAACAUGUACUCUGACAUGCAACUGACCUCUCUUUAUAAUUCUGGUGCUAUUGCCAGCGAAUUAAGAAGGAUUUAGUUUGUGGUACAAAUCAUGGUUUUAAACUUCGCUCAGAUCAGUUCACACUAGUUCGUAUUUGCCAGUCUGUACUUGAACUGACAUGCAAAA